AUGAACGGAAUUCGUUUUCUCAUUGGAUCAGAAAAAGUCCAAACAAUUGAUCGUCCAGAUUCAUUUUCAGCGCUCCGCAACCUUGCCGAAAAGAAAGUCCCUAACUAUCAGAUAUUACAAAUUGCUUAUGAAGACCCUGAUGGUGACCAUAUCACAAUCCUAGGUGACGCAGACCUCAUUGAAGCCAAAAAGACCGGAAAAAAACUCAAUGGGUUCUUAUUGCUUUACCUCAAGGGCAAUAGGUUGACAGAAAGCUUCAUGACCCAAAGCACCAGGUCAGAAUCAUACCCUGAUGUUGAGGUAAUUGAAGAUGGGCCUCCAGCUCCGCAGUCAUUGCCGGCACCAUUUGAAAAGGAAGAUUUCAAUGUCCCUUGCUAUGCUUGUGGAGGAAAAUUUGAUAGAUGCGGAAUUUGCUUACUCUCCUUAACUAACUGCAAACUGCUAAUAAUUAGGUAUCAAAUGUAUGAAAAAAAUGGACAAAAGCCAAUUAUAUAAAUUGUUAUUAAAAUCCUAAAAGUCCAGCAGCCACAAUUAAAAUUUUUUCGAAAAUUACAGAAAAACACUAUAUUUUCCUCUUUAUUAAUUGUAUGAGUUAGGAAAUGGAGUUCUUGAUUCCAGACAAGAUCCGAAGCUUAAUACCAUUGUGGCAUUAAUCAGAAAUGAAAUGCAAAAUUACUUGCCAAAACUCCUGAAUGCAAUAGAAAGCAGUAAAUCUGAAGUUGUCCAUCAAAAUGUUACCUGUGAUUCAUGUGGGAUGUCACCCAUUAUAGGACACAGAUAUAAAUGUUCUGUUUGCCAAAACUUCGAUUUUUGUGGCAAGUGUGAAGCAAAUGCCCAGCACGAGCAUCCAUUUAUUAAAAUUCGUACCCCAGAGCAAGUCCCAAAAACCAUUAUCUGUGCGGUUGAUGAAACAGAAGCAAAGUCAAAGCCAAAAGCAAAAAAGCCAGCACCUGCGAAAUGCAAAAACAGACAAUGCGAAGCAGAGACAAGGCUUCUUUGUAGGUUCGUAAAAGAUGUAGUUGGACACGAAGGCGACAAAAUCACAGCAAACACUAAUUUUAUCAAGGUUUGGAGACUUAGAAAUGAAGGAAAAAAUCCAUGGCCAAAUGGCUGUAAGUUGGUGUGCAUCAAUGGUGACUUCACUGGACGAGACAUACCGCUACCCCCUCUUAUGCCAGGUGAAGAAGAAGACAUCACCGCCAACUGUACUGCUCCAGCAGAUAGUAAUAAAAUGGUAGGAAUAAGCUGUCUGAGAACUUUUCAUCUUUUGGAAAUUUAUUAUAGGGUUCAGUUUCUAAGUGAUCCUUUAUACAGCCAGAACACCCUGGCACAUAGGCUUGAAUAGUUUCUAAGAGGCAUGAGGCUUGGCUGUUUAAUGUUCAGAGGAGUUAGGCAGAAUACACCUAGGGGUCAAGUGUAGGGCGAGGCAACGCAUCCUGCGACGUUAGGUGGCAAGUUGUGCUGCAUUUAGGAUUCCUCUCUGUUCGACCAAUAAAAAUGGUCAGGUAAGAAUCCCCGUAGUAUCGCGAGUCUGGAAUUUAAACUUUUGUUUUUAAACUAAUCCUGUGAAUAUAGAUAAAUUAAAUACUAAAUAAUUAAAUAAGUACUUCUCCAUCUGAAGAAGGCAGAUAUACCUCCUACUGGAGAGCUGUUGAUCCUGAAGGUUCAAGAUUCGGGCAAAGAGUAUGGAUCACCAUCAACGUCGUAAAACCCAAAGAAGAAUUUGACAACAAAGUCCAAACCCUCAUGGACAUGUUCAACAACCCAGAAAUCGUCAGAAUGGCUCUUGAAAAGACUGGAGGUGACCUUGUGAAAGCUACUGAAGCUUUAUUGAGUGGAAGCGUCAUUAAAUAA